CAUAUCCAGCUGGCCGUCAACUUUGCCCGUACGCUGAACCUGCGUCUCGUUGUCAAGAACACCGGCCACGACUUCAAUGGUCGCUCCGUCGGUGCUGGCGCUCUGUCCAUCUGGACCCAGCGCUUCAAGAGCAUCAACUACUACAAGUCCAUCCAGAUUGGCUCUUACACCGGCGCUGCCAUCAAGGUCGGAGCUGGUGUUGUUGGCCAGGAGGUCUACCAGGCCGCUGAGAACUACGGUGUCACCGUUGUCGGUGGUGAGGGUAUGAGUGUUGGAUAUGCCGGUGGUUACCUUGCUGGUGGUGGCCACUCUCCUCUGUCUCCCCUGUACGGCAUGGGUGCCGAUCAGAUCCUGAGCCUCGAGGUUGUCACCCCUGAUGGUCGCUUCAUCACCUGCAGCGGCACCCAGAACACUGAUCUCUUCUGGGCCCUUCGCGGUGGAGGCGGCAGCACCUUCGGUGUCGUCACCUCCUACACCGUCAAGGCCUACCCCAAGCUCAAGACUGCUGUCAUGAGCUUCAACUUCAGCACCAGCUCUUCCGUCUCCUACGAUACUUUCUGGCUUGCCGUCAAGGCCUUCAUGAAGCUCAUCCCUACCUUCAACGCCGCUGGCAACUACGAGUACUGGAACAUCUGGCACACCGGCCCCAACACCCUGACCUUCUCCAUGGUUCCUUGGUUCGCGCCUGGCCACACCCUUGCUGAGCUGCACACUCUUGCCAAGCCUCUCUUUGACACUUGGGCCAGCCUCGGCAUCACUUUUGAUGUCACUGAGUCUGAGCAUGCCAGCUACUACCCUGCCUGGAAGGCUGGUUUCCCCCGUGAGUCUGUCGGCGGCACCACCUCCAAGACUGCCGGUCGUCUGUUCCCCAAGGACACCCUUACCGAUCCCGUCAAGUUCGAGACUUCCUUCAGCGCCUUCAAGGGCCUCUCUGACAAGGGCGGUAACAUCAUUGCCUUCGGCAUCACUGGUGGCCCUGGCCCCUACCCUGACAAUGCUGUCAACCCCGCGUGGCGCAACGCCUCCAUGUUCGCCAUCUCCGUCAUCAGCUGGGACACUGGCAGCUCGUGGGAUGUCAUUGCGCAGAAGAGCAAGCUCCUGACCAACGACUGGAUGCAGCCGUGGCGCGAUGCCACCCCCGGCAGCGGCACCUACGCCUCCGAGUCCGAUGUCACCGAGCCCAACUUCAAGCAGUCCUUCUACGGCACUGACAAGUACGCUCGUCUGCUCUCCAUCAAGAACCAGGUCGAUCCUACCGAUCUCUUCUACGCCCUCCAGGGUGUUGGCAGCGACGAGUGGUACAUCACCGGCCAGGUCGAUGGUGUUCCCACCCAGAACGGCCGCCUGUGCCGCGUUUAAAAUUCAUGGCAUGCACGAUCACGCUCGUUACUAUUCGCUUCUUUAGGCGCAAUAAGUACAUAGACGUCCACCUAUUGACCUAAUGCCAGCCAAUGUUAUUAUAGUUUUAUUUAUCCCCCAGCAUCAUGUUGGGUAUUUGAACAUAAUAGAUACGUACUUGUCAAUAUUGAUAUUCUCGCGUCUUUCGCACAUGACUUUCCCAUGACUGAAGCCUGAAAUUGCCAUCCCGUAAUAUUCCC